GCUGCCCAUGCGCGGGCCAGCUCAGCUCUGAGCAAAGUGGCGCAGCUAGAAAGCAAAUUCAUAAAUCGAAAAAAGCAGCUGGAGCUGCAAAAUAUUACCUCGGGUCAGAAGCCUUUGGAGGAAGAGUCGUUCUCGUCUGCUUACAGUCACGAACACAGUGCAAAGGGCAAGAAAUACCUGAAGAAUCGUGCUACUGCCAGUGGAAAUAGAGCCCCCAGUAAUGCCUGUUCUCAGGAAGAAGAAAGCAUCCAAAACCCCCAAAACAAGGUUAUGGUCAAACAUCAGCUUGUUUUGGAUAGUGAUGAAGAGGAAUUGAGAGAAAUGAUGGAGCACUCUUUGGAGUUUUCCAGUGGAAAUGAGGAUUCUAAAUGGGGUGCAAAGAGCAAGGCUCCCAUUCUGGCAGGAGUGCCUCGGCCAUCUCAUAAGGCAAUGUCACCAACAGAGGCACCUAAAGCAUCUUCUUUUCAUAGCAAAGACUCGAGGAAGAAUUAUUUUGGUGGAGUUACUUCACCAACACCUUCACCAGCCCACAGAAACUCGUCAGUACGACACAACAUGGGAUCUCCAUCACUGUCUUCCUUCAUGAAGGACAAUGCUGUGAAGGUGCCUCUGCCUGGGAGAGGCAACACCAAGCUAAGUGAAGCAUCGCUUGAAAGCGACAGGAGUGAGAUAAAAUCAUUAGAUGAAUUGUUUUCAAAAGCAGCUGAUGACAAAGAUUCAAUUAGCAGCAGCUCGAAUGACUUCAGACUGAAUAUCCGGAGCCUUGAUGAUCUGGCACCAGAUAUCUCCAGUGAGGCAGCAGAACUAAAGCAGAGAGGGAUGGAUGUUCUAAUUCCCCAGGAAUCAAACAGAAAUCCAAACCAAGAUGCAUUGCUGGUGGAAAAAGACCAAACUUCUCUUAAAACAACACGUGCAGUAACUGGUGUGAAUGAUGCUUCUGAAGGGGACACUGAAAAAACUGUGACUGAAGCAGAAAUAUCUGAGCAUUUAAGUGGCGUUUCUGCAGCAGCCUCUAGACACAGACAGGAUUCCCUUGAUCACGAUGAGAGAACUGUGAAUUCGGAAUAUUCCGAAGACUUUGAAAGCUCUCUGCCUACAUCAAGCAGGGAAUCUGUAUGGAAGAGGUCAGAGGAGUGCUGGGAGAGCUGCAGGAGUUCUGGGAGACACUGGUCUGCAGCAGCAGCAGCGCCCCGUGGGCGGGCACCCCAGGUCCCCCUCACAGAAGCUGCCACCCAGACUGGGGACCCUCCCCCUGCCUGUUCCUGCUCAAAGACAAACGCCUCGGCGGUCCCUGACCCACCCACAGGAAACUGGUACAUUGAUCCAGUACCCAUCACCAGUCACAUCAUCAACAGGGAUGCAGUAGAAGCCUGGACAACGUACAGCCCAUCAGCUCUUGUUUUAAACACCAUGUUGAAACAGCACUUGAUGUUGACUCAGCAGUUUGUAGAGAACAUUCACCACCUUCACUUAUCCCUUGUGGAGUCACUAGAGAAUGAGAAGUUCCACUACCAUACCCUGGAAGAGGCUAAAGAGUACAUCAAGAAUCACAGAUCCCCACCUCUGACAAUGGAGCAAGCACGUGAAGAAGUUCGGAGAGCACAGGAGGAGAAACUGCUCUGA